UUUUGUUGUAGUUCUUUCAUGAUUUCUCGUGUAUAUAUAAGAGCGAAAUGACGUUUUUGUUCGAUUGUUGCUAAAAUAUUUCUUCUGAAAUGCAUUUUCGUUAAUGGCGUGGCAUCAUGAAAGAUUACGUCUUCCUUUGCGUGGUUCUUAGUUGCGUCAGUGAUAAUUGUUACUGCUGCUUUCGUGGUGACCAUUGGUCCUGCCCUUCUUAUUAUCAUGGCCACCAACCAACCAAACGCUUCGUCUUUCAAUUAGGCUUCCUGGCUGUGAGUCACGAAUAUUCGUCGCCUCCGUUCUGCAUGGUAAACACAGCACGCUAUAAGGUGAGCGAUGAUUAAUUGAAUGAGUUGAUAUCUCAACAAAGUUUUCUUAGAGUAAGUCUGUACAAAGGAAUUGUUAUUCUUGAGCUCACUUAAUAACCUCUUUAUGCGAAGCGAUGGGUAGUAAGACUGCGGCCACGCUCGACUUUGAUAACGAACAUCACCAGAAUAAAGAAAGAAAUGGCAAACCUUCUUCAAGUCACGCGUCGGAAGAAGACCAGAGCGAGCUGGGCAUGGCUGUCGCUAAAGCUGUUACUCAAGUUCUUGAAAGCUCGGACUGGCGAGCUCUCUCCUUCCCUUUACAGGCAAACGCUGCAAAGCAAUCUAAAGCAAAGAAUGCUGUUAAAAGACCUAUGAAUCCUUUCAUGCUUUACGCGCAAGCAGCGAGGAAGAAGUUAUCAAACCUUUAUCCAGAUUUGAGCUAUGCAAAAUUAAGCAAGACCUUAGGUAGAAUUUGGAAAUCGUUGGAUCAGGUUGAAAAACAACCGUUUAUUGAUGAAGCAGAAAGACUAAGACAAAAGCACAAGAUCGAUCAUCCAGACUACAAAUUCCAACCGAAACGACGCGAGAAGAAACGCAAUCAUUCGCCGGACUGUCGAAACUCUUAUCACACGGCAAAUAAAGUAAGCACAAGUGACGUUUUAAAAGCUUUAAGCUCAGGAAACCCAAAACAUCAACAGGAUCUCCAGAGUCAUUGGGCACACACUAUACAAAGUGGUAUACCAUCUCGUCCAAGCACUUUACAGCCUACAGACCCAAUGCCUUCUCACAAAUCAUCAUCGCCACCAUGUUAUGAUGAACGACACUCUCCUACUUCUGUACAAUCUAAAAUCAGAGGAAACUCGUCAUCUUACAGCCAUCAUAACGCGUCUCGUCAUCCUGCUACUACAACAAGCGAUCUAACGCCAUUUAGUCCUCGUUAUCUAGCCCCACCGCCUCCCUUACAUCGUUCUAGUACUGCUAGCCUAUUCUCGCCAACUGCAUAUCGAAUGCCAAAAAGUCAGGUGCUGAAUCAGCCACCUUAUCAAGAUGUGCAUGGGUUUCAAGCUCCCCACCCUAUGCAAAACUACCCCAGUGAUUUAUCGUUGGCUAUUGGUAACUCGUUUCUGAAAUGUUCACCUCAGCUUAUUCGUCCUCCUCACUUAAAUCCUCAUAAUGGAGAUCUCGACGGAUCUGGUAAUCUAUUGACCGGUGUGAAUCAGAUUUUAAGAGACAUGUUUGGAAAUGAAAAGAACAGUGUUAUUACUGCGAUUGAUGAGGCGACUCAAGUGGCAUCAACCGAACUCAUAGGAAUGGCGACUUUUGAAUCGAAUUUACAAACCAGCUCUGAGUUGAAUGACGUUAUUUCGAAGACCGUGAUUCAUGUUAUGAAAGAAUCGUCAGAACUGACCAACGACUUAUCGAACUCGAAAAAACGCCGAAAACCAAACGAGAAUGAAGUUCGUAGACCAAUGAACGCCUUCAUGGUUUAUGCACAAAUCGCAAGAAAGAAAGUCGCUGGAAAAUAUCCUAAUUUAAGCUACCGCAAGCUGAGUAAAACACUUGGUGAAUUGUGGAGGAUGCUUGGAGAUGAAGAACGAAAACCUUUCGUUGAAGAGGCUGAGCGUUUGAGACGUGAACACAAGCAAGCUCAUCCUACGUACAAGUUUAAACCAAUGAGAAAGAAAAAACAAGGCAACGCAUCUCAAUUCACUGUCUUUCCUUCAAAUGAACCACCUAACGAGCAUUUCAAUCACUUACAACCAUCACAGGAAAGAUAUUCAAUUACGAAUGAAGAUAAUGCCCUUACUACUGGUCAUCUAUUUAAUCAACCUUUCAACCAUGCAGGAAGUCUAGUUAACCAUUGCACAGUUUCCAACAACUGGCCAUUUCCACCACAAAAUUUCCACCGCGGUACACCUGUUUUUCAAAAUGGUACGCAAAAUUUUCCGUUCAACGUGAGAAAGGAUGACAGUGCUUACGCCUGUUCUCAAGAUGGGCAAAGCCCUUACAUGAAGUUUCAAGAUGCCCAACAUUCAACAUCGGCCAUUACCCAAAGAAAGUACUCAAAGCAAUGAAACUUUCGCUCAAGAAACUUCUAACGAACUAAACAGUUCGCUGUUUCGUUAUAAUUUUCCAGCAUCUUUUCCUUUGGAGAGUGGUAUAAUGUAUAGCGAGCAGUACUUUCCUUCAAGAAACAAUUGUUCGUUCUCUUUUUCACAACCUAGUUCUGCCCAUCAUAUACCACAACCGAACGACAACGCUUACAAUAGAGACUUUCUCAAUAGCUCUAAUUACAGGACGAGCGAGGAUCAUUGUAUUGAACCCAUUUCUGAUAUUAUCAAACAAAUUUGAAGGGAAAACGAUUUAUAGCAACCUGACUGUGUCAUAAAUAGAUUACUCUCCUCGUAUCACUUGUAUGUAUUUACAAUUAUAAAACCCAAAUCUUUUAUUGUUAAAGUACAAACAUACUAGCUAUGUAUAUUAUACCGUUUAGUAAAUAUUGAUAUUGUCAUUUUA